AUGGAGCCCAGGAAGGAGAUGGAUGGCCUGAGAGCCCAGCAGCCACAGACGGAGCCCGGGAAGGAGACGGAAGGACUGAGAGCCCAGCAGCCACAGACGGAGCCCGGGAAGGAGACAAAAGGACUGAGAGACCAGCAGCCACAGACGGAGCCCGGGAAGGAGACGGAAGGACUGAGAGCCCAGCAGCCACAGACGGAGCCCGGGAAGGAGACGGAAGGACUGAGAGCCCAGCAGCCACAGACGGAGCCCGGGAAGGAGACGGAAGGACUGAGAGACCAGCAGCCACAGACGGAGCCCGGGAAGGAGACGGAUGGACGGAGACCAGCAGCCAUGGAGACACCUCCUCCACCAGAGACUGAGAAAUGUCAGGCUGAGGGUCAGGGACCCCUGGGCCCAACAUCUUUAGCUGGGAUAGGGCUGGAUGAUGCCAUUUGUUAUAUCUGUAAGGAUUAUCUGACAGACCCAGUGACUAUAGAGUGUGGGCACAACUUCUGCUGGGGCUGUAUCACCCAGCGCUGUGUGGGACACUCCUGUCCUCAGUGUGGAGCCACGUUCCAGAAAAGAGACUUCAAGUCUAACACCCUGCUGGGCAGAAUACUUGAGUCCAUCAAACAACCAGGAUUAAAUCCAGGACAAAGCAGAAGGGACGGGAAUGUCUGUGAGGAACAUGGCAAAGAGCUCACCUGGUUCUGUAAGGAGGAUCGCAAACACGUUUUGCGUGUGACCCUGGAUGAAGACACGGCUAAUCCUGAACUCCUCCUGACUGGGGAUCGGCAGGGUGUGAGAUAUACACACAAACAGCAGGACCUGUCUGGCAAUCCUGAGCGAUUUGAUAAAAGACCCUGGGUGCUGGGAUCUCAGGGAUUCACUGAAGGGACUGUGUACUGGGAGGUGGAGGUGGGGGAUGAGGUAUUCUGGAUGGUUGGGGUGGCCAAGGAGUCUGUGAGGAGGAAAGGCUGGAUCGACAUGUCCCCCAAGGAGGGGAUCUGGGCCAUCCACUGGAACAGACGGAUACCUCCUGUUCCACCCUCCUCUCAGAGCACCCCGCCCCAGAACAGCAAGCGGAUCCGGGUCUGUCUGAACUAUGAACAGGGGCAGGUGACAUUUUUCAAUGCUGAUAAUGAGGCCCUGAUCCACACUGUCCGUGGGGCCUCCUUCGAUGAGGAGAGAAUCCGUCCGUUCUUUGGGACAAAGUCCCAUCUCAGCCUGCGUCCUUGCCCUGAAACGGAGGGACGGACAGGUGACACUCACCAGUAG